UGUGUUAUGUAAAGAUAAUCAUUUAUCUGUAGACUGUUGUAAAUCACAUUAUACUGCGAGUUGCAUAAUCGUGAUUUAACGUUUUGACACUCAAUUUUAAAUUAAUAUCAUAAACGCGUCACAAAUAUUUUAAAGUUCUGUCUUUUACUUCAUUAUUUAUGAUCUCUAAAACUCAUCUCCGUUGCCUAUUAAACGGUUACAGAAGCUUCACUUUUAUUAAAGUUCAAUAAUAUUUCCACAUAAAUCUUAAACAGAUGCAAGACCCAACUAAGUUUAUUUUGUAUAUUGUGCUUAUAAAUUCCUCUCAAGUACCAUCUAUGGAUUCAUAACCUAAUAAUAAUUUUCCAAAAUGACUGGGAAAUUAAAAGCUAUUUGUACAUUAAAAGGACAUACUGGUAUUGUAUGGAAUACAUCAUGGCAUCCAAAAGGGCUGAUGUUGGCUUCCUGUGGCGAAGAUAAAACCAUCAGACUAUGGAAUUAUAAGGAUGGUGAUAAAAGCACAUUAAAGUGUUUACUAGCUGAUGGUCACCAACGUACUGUCAGAGCAAUUGCAUGGUCACAUUGCGGUCAAAGUUUAGCAUCAGCUAGUUUUGAUGCCACUAUAGCUAUUUGGGAUUACAAAUCUGGACAGUUUGAAUGUAAUGCAACACUAGAAGGUCAUGAAAAUGAAGUUAAAAGCGUGGCAUGGUCGAGAUCAGGCUCAAUGUUGGCAACGUGUAGUCGUGAUAAAUCUGUAUGGGUAUGGGAAGUAUGGGAGGAUAAUGAAUAUGAAUGUGCAGCUGUCUUAAAUGCACAUUCACAAGAUGUGAAGAAAGUAGUAUGGCAUCCUCAUGAAGAUAUAUUGGCAUCUGCUAGUUAUGACAACAGUGUCAAGUUGUAUAUGGAAGAUGCAUCAGACAAAGAAUGGACUUGUGUGGGUACUUUGAGCUCACACACAUCAACUGUCUGGAGUUUGGCGUUUGACAAGACUGGUGAUCGAAUUGUAACUAGUAGUGAUGAUCGUACUCUAAAAAUAUGGCAAAAAUAUCUCCCAGGUAAUCCUGAAGGAAUUUCCGUUAAAGAUGGAAAUUUUGUGUACAAAUGUGUUUGCACAAUUAGUGGAUUUCACACAAGACCAAUUUAUGAUGUUACUUGGUGCCAUUUGACAGAUCUAAUUGCCACGGCAUGUGGUGAUAAUUCUAUAAGAAUAUUUAAAGAAGAAGAUUUAUCUGACCGCAAUCAGCCCUCGUUUUCAUGUAUUUCACAUGUGAAUGAAGCUCAUUUACAAGAUAUAAAUUCUGUUCAAUGGAAUCCUGUAGUUAAAGGUGUUUUAGCAUCUUGUAGUGAUGAUGGUAUGGUAAAAAUCUGGAAAAUGGAAUCAACAUAAGACUUUUUCAAAAAGUUUUAACUUUGUUUAAUACUUUGAUGUAUAAUAUUAUGUUAUUAUAUCACUGUAUUGUAUAAAAAUUGUAAUUUUAAUUCAAAAUAUAUUUUUAUUUAAUGUUAAA